ACUCUAGGAUGCGCAAUAAAAAUGGCUCUAACUUCACUCAACAUAGUGUUGGCGUGCACUUUGUUGGGUAUUGUUGCAGCACAGGAGACUGAAUUUGAAUCUUUGAUUAUGAACGAGAUGAAGAGGCUUAAUUUUGAGUUGGGUGAAGUUAAGACAGAAAAUAAUGAACUUCGAGCAAGCAAUAUUGAAAUAAAAUCGCGCAUGAACGAAAUGGAAACCAGCAUGAAAGUAUUGACAGAAACAAAUCAGGCAUUUAACAAUCGACUUAAUAAGUGUGAAAAACUCAAUGGUGACACAGAAAAGGAUAUGUACUUAUCGAUAGACACUGGCAAUAACUCGAGCACACAGCACAAGGCAGUUGAAACAGAAGCAGAAGCUAAUCCAGACCGACCUGCGCUUUCACGAAACAGUCGUGCCUCUGGAGAAGUCGCAUUCCAUGCGCACAUGCGAGCCUCCAAAUGCCUUGGCGCCCAUGAGGUCUUCAUUUUCGACGUUGAGAUGACGGACCUUGGAAGCGGCUACAAUAACAAUGAUGGAAUAUUCGAUGUCCCUGUGGCUGGGAUUUAUGUAUUUACCUUCACAAUCUACGCCGAACAACAUUAUGAAGUCCGUGCUGAACUUGUCGUUAACGGUCAAGUAAAAACUGCACUGAUUGCUGACGCAGAUGAAAUUAACGAUUAUCAUACUGGAACCGCAACAAUCGUAGUACAGGUCAAUGCCGGGGACCAUGUGUUCGUUCGAAGAGCUGACACAUAUUCAGAAUCUUGCGUAACGAGCAAUUUUUCCCGGGCUCUGACAACAUUUUCUGGUUGGCUUCUGUAAUAAUAUAUAUCUGAUUCAGAUACGUAUUAAAACAAAUGCUUUGAUUUGCAAUAAUUUGAAAUUAUUUCACAUACAAAUGCUACGUGUUUGUUUACUUAACACAAAGUUUUAAAGUUUAAAAUGGUCAUUACUUGUAAUGCACGUGUAACACAAUGACUCAAGUUUUGGAACUUGAUUUGAACCAUCAAUGAUACAUAUUUAAUAAAACAGUGUUUAACCAGA